GACGGCUCGCGGAACGUCUUUGCAGCCUCGCUUCGGAGGCGGAGCCUCGUCAGUCAGCGGGAGCAGAGUAGCGAGCAUUGCCUGAGCGCGCCGUUUCGUAGUCCUCAGCCUUGGACCCGGCAGACUAGCUUUGGGUAGUGAAGAGAGUACGCAGCUACCCCCACCAUGUCUGGUGAGUUAGGUCAGCCUCAGGCCGGCCCCUCACAUGCUGGGCUGGAUUUUCCGAAUCCUGACAGAAAUCGGGCUGGGGUCCCCGGAGGCGUGAUCCGAAGGGCCGGGAGCCAGGGGCGCAGGUCCUGGAUCCAGAAGGUUCUUGAGCAGAUAACCGACUCCCCCCUGCAGUGGGUCACCCCGUCGGAGGUGGUACCUGUCGCUGUGCUGGCCGUCCAGAGGUACCUGUUAGAGGAUGAGCCACGCGACACCAUACCCAAACCUCCCCUUUACUGCUAUGAUGUGACGAUUUCGGACGGGGUGUACCAGGAGAAGUGCUACCUGGACCCCAGCCUGAACUUCCUCGUAUAUAAAAAUAUCCUCAAGGUGGGCAUAGAAAUGAAAAUUUCCAGGGUCUCGUGUCUUUACAACGAGAAAAGGUUAGGCCAGGGGAUCCUGUGCAUAGAUAACGUCCACUGUGGGGAGGCCUUAGAGGCUAUUUCUUUAGAAACUCCAUUCAGAAAUAGUGCGCACGAGGAGGUACCGGAGAGGCCUUUAAGAGGCGGGAAGAGUCAUUACCUGGCCCUGUGGAAUAACGAAGAUCCGUAUGGAGAUAUUUGGCUAACCAACAAGCAACCCGAGGAACACAAUUUCAACAAUACCAAAAUAAUUUCCCUUUCUCACCUUGAAAUGACCUGGGCUAACAGAAGGAAUUUUCCUGCAUUGCUUGUGAGAAUCUUGCAUAAAUCAAAACUGCGAUACUAUGGAAAACCUGAUAAAAAGAUGAUUGAGCCAUACCAGACAUUUUUGGAAGUUGCUGACAGUUCAGGCACGGUGUCAGUGAUUAUGUGGAAUGCCCUGUGUCCUGAGUGGUAUAAAAGUUUGAGGGUUGGUUUAGUCCUUCUGCUUCAGGAUUAUUCUGUUAAAAAGAGUUAUCCAUUCAGGAUGCAGCCUCUCCCUGUGGAUCCGCAGAUCAAACUAAUUUCUACAAUGGAAAUCUGCCUGAAUCUUCGAGAUCCUCCAACUAACAUAAUUAUCAUUCCAGAGAAGCAGGUGAAACCUGAAUGGAGAUUGCCAAAAUUAAAUCACCGCUUUAUCACAAGGUCAGAACUGGAUGAUAUGCCAGAAAAUCAUAUCUGUGAUGUUAUUGGCAUUUUAGUUUUUGUAGGAAGGGUCCAGCGGUCAAAAAAGAAAGAAAACCGUGAAGAUUUUUGGUCGUAUCGCUGGAUUCACAUUGCUGAUGGCACUUCAGAACAACCAUUUAUAGUAGAGCUGUUUUCUACAUCUCAGCCAGAAAUCUUUGAAAAUAUUUACCCAAGUACUCAAUCCAUGACAUAUUUCGUGUGUACACAGUUGAAAGUUGUCAGGAAUGAUGCUCAAGUACCUAAACUACUUUACCUGACCACUACAAAUGAGAGUCGAGUGUUUAUUACUGGUCAUAGAGGCCAGCCAUAUACCAACGACACCAAGGUAAAAAACUUUAUUCAUUGGAUUAAAACAAGGACCGAUUCUGAGGAAGUGAAGAACACUGUUAUUGGUGGAUAUUACCCCUAUCCACCAGUGCCAGAGACAUUUUCGAAGUAUAGUAGUUCUGUCAAAGUUGAGUCGCUCUUGACAGCUAUAAGUGAAGUGAGGAAGGAGAUUGAAGACUUGCAGUAUAGGGAACAAAAGCGCAUUGCCAUUCAGGGGAUAAUUACUGUUAUAAAGUAUAUCCCCCAUGCCAGUGCAAGUGAAAAUGCCUCAACAUCAGAAACACUUCGGAGCACUAACCAACCCUCAACAUCCCAAGCAGCUAGAAGAGAAAAUCAAAGUCAGGAAAGAGAUAAUAACAAACGGCAUCAAGAUGAUGAUCCUGUGAGCUCUCAGUGUUUUCAAACUACCUAUACAAGUUUGAGCCCUACCAAGAAGAAAAGAAUUCUGCAAGGGCCAUAUGCCAAACUAAUUCCUGUACCUCAACCAGAAACUUCUGCACAGACAAAAGGAAAUAAACCAGACAUGCCAAGCAUUUUCCAACGUCGAGAAAGCGCAAGCACUAGUACCAUAGGGAAAGCCAGAAAAACUAUAAGCGAUAGGUGGGAAAGCCAGCUAUGGAGAGAGAAAAAGUUUGGCUUAAUAGAUCACCUGCAUUACAGCCAUGUUUAUCCUGAAAGUAUCCCACGGAAGUUUAUUUUUGAGCAGAGAAAGUUUCUUACUGAGCAGUUUAAUUCUCAGCCUGCAAAAUACAUACCACCGGAGGGAAGGCCCCCAAAACUUGAUGACUUUAAGAGCGCCCGAAGCCUUGGGCAUUUUGAAGUGACCAUCCUAGGUCUGAACCAUGAGAUCGCAAUUGAUGUUGCAUUCCUGCCCAUGUAUUGUCCAGAAGAUCUCCGAACAUCUCAAAUCGACACAUUAUUGACCUGCAUGAAUUACAGCUGUGUCUAUCCGCAGGAUGGAGCUGGCAAUGACAGAUUGCCAGGUCCAAGAGCACUUGCAGGUGAUAUUAUAAAAGCUGCAAUGAAACUGGAUAGAGUGCAUAUUGUCGGUAUCUUGGAUAUCUGUAAUUUAGGUAACAACAAAGUGGAAGUCUACCUGCACAGGAUUUAUAGUCCAACUAAUAUUUCUUAAAAAUUGGCAAAUGAAAUGAUUGCAGGUUAUAAGGAUGACGCUGCUUUAAAGAUAAUCUGUCAUUUGGUUGGUAAUUUCAGUAACCGCUUUUCAGCAAGAAUAUUGCAUAAGCUCUAAAGUUAUCAAGUGGUCUUAUGUUCACCUUGUGUUUGGAGCUAAUUCAUUUUAAAUUCAUUACUGAAAAGUUCAUCAAAAUAAUUUUUGUGUAUCAAGAAAAUUUAUCUAACUUCUAUUUAACUAUUAUCUUGACUUGUAAUAAUUUGUGUUCACUAUUCUAUUUGUGAAGUGUUUUUAUUCUAAAGCCUCUAACUUCUAUUUAACUAUUAUCUUGACUUGUAAUAAUUUGUGUUCACUAUUCUAUUUGUGAAGUGUUUUUAUUCUAAAGCCUCUAACUUCUAUUUAACUAUUAUCUUGACUUGUAAUAAUUUGUGUUCACUAUUCUAUUUGUGAAGUGUUUUUAUUCUAAGGCAUCCUGACUUACAAGAGUAACUUCUCCUGAACAUUUAACAUCCUUCUACUUUUAUUCACCUAUAGUGGGAAAUUCUGAAUUGCAAAUUUGAAGAUUAAAUUCUCCUAAAGUGGUCAACCUGCAUUUCUCAUGGCUAUGGUGGUUACUGUCAUUUUCAAAAAGCACAUAGAUUGUUAUGGUCCAGUUGCCUUGGUCCUUAGUUUGGUCAGCUGUACAAUGAGUGUGUUAAAUGGUCUUAAGGCUUUCCACUCUUUAUUGUGACUUAUUAUCCUUUGAAUUUCUAAAUGUUUUGACCAGUGUGUGAUCUUAAAGCCAGAGGCUACAGUAGGUACCUAUUUUUUCUGUCUUCAUUUGUAGUUUGGGUACAUGUAAUGUGAGUUUAAACAGUGAAAUUUCAUCUCAUAUUAACAUUUUAAGUGUGCAUAUUGAAAAUAUAAAACAGUGACUAAGGGAGUUUUAUUCUGGUGAUCUAUUGUACUUCAUUUUAAACUGUAAAUCACCAUUCCACAUUUGCAAAGCCCUGUGAUUGACAUCUCUGUGGUUAGUUAGAUGACCAAAAUGACCAUCACGUGACUUAAAAAAGUAUUCAGUGUCAAGAUCAAUCUGAAUCUAGUUAAGCAAUUAUCUUGUGGGGUUUUCUUCUAGCCCUAUGGUUCUGUGACUUCAUAUGCUAUAUAUUUUAAAUGUUUUGGGCAGUUCAUGAAUCAAAAGACACAUGCUACACUUUGUUCAUAAGUGCAUCAGCCUUUUGUUCCUUAUAAUUGUGUUUAAAUGUUAAUUAAAAUAGUGAAUCCUUCUUGUGUUAAAAUUUUGAGUGUAUUAUUAAAGUUAAAAGACAAUAA